CGGGGCUAAGUACCGGGGUUGUGUCAGAGCAACCGGAACCGCCAGGAAGAGAGAGUUGGGGAGUGGAAAUCCUCGAGUAACGCGCCACCCGCACACUGACAGUCGGACUUCAAUGAACAGCUCGUCCGUGACUGAUUCCUUUUGGAAUAUUUGUUGCACAUUUAUGGCGAUUUGGCGUGUAAGGACAGAAUACUGCCAAGCUCAGCACAGCGUUGGCGCAGACAAGUGAGCCAAGAGGACCCUUGUGCCACCCUGAGCCUACACAUUUUUCCUUCCAUCCCUUUUGUCUGCUGCGGCAAAGCAUAUGGGAGUUUUUAUUUAUCUUCUCACCCCACGACUGCAUAGUUUUCACUGCUCUUGUGAAAUAAAGGGGAAAGUAGGUGCAGAGGUACACUCUGCAAUCACUUCUUUCCAUCCCCCAUAUGAGUGCCUCAUUGCAGUAAAGACCAUUUGUAUUUUAGAACAAAAACCUGUUCGCCUCCCAGAUGUAAAUUAAGCGUUUUUUGGGUGCUAUUCUGCAUCCCACUGCAGCUACAACUCUGCUGGGACUUUGCAAUAAAAAAAUUUUUGUUCCCCCCCCCAGAAUAUAUAUAUUUUUCUUUAUAGAAAUUUUUAAUAUCUUCUGCUGUGAAUUUUUUUCAGACUUUUUUUUUUUUAAUAAAUAAACCUUAUUUUUUUAAACUGAUCACAAUGAACCGUCCAGCUCCAGUGGAAAUAUCUUAUGAGUCUAUGCGUUUUCUAAUUACCCACAAUCCUACUAAUGCCACACUCAACAAGUUCACAGAGGAACUGAAAAAAUAUGGAGUCACCACCCUAGUGAGAGUUUGUGAUGCAACCUAUGACAAGGCUCCGGUAGAGAAGGAAGGGAUUCAGGUCCUGGAUUGGCCAUUUGAUGACGGAGCUCCACCCCCAACACAGAUAGUUGAUGAUUGGCUAAAUCUAUUGAAAACCAAAUUUCGCGAGGAAGCAGGAUGCUGUAUUGCCGUACACUGUGUGGCAGGCCUUGGCAGGGCCCCUGUGCUGGUUGCUCUGGCGCUCAUUGAAUGUGGGAUGAAGUAUGAGGAUGCAGUGCAGUUUAUCAGGCAGAAACGAAGAGGAGCAUUUAACUCGAAACAGCUGCUCUACCUGGAGAAGUACAGGCCUAAAAUGCGACUGAGAUUUAAGGAUGCCAACGGUCACUGCUGCAUGCAGUAAAAUAGAGUGAAAGCUCGUGGCUUUAAUCUGAAGCCUGCUCCUCAAAGGUGUUUGAUCGAGGGUCUCUUCACGAUCCAGAGUUUAGAAGAAUGGACUGGUCUCUUCCCUCCGUCCCAAUAAAAACCAAAAUGGCAACAGUCGGCAGAAAUGAAAUUAAAAACACGUUUCAAUGAAA